UCUGAACCCCAGCUGGUCACCUUCCAAAUUCUUUUCCCACCCGGUGCCAUGGGUCCCUGCCCAAGGGGGGCUGGUUCCUGAUGCACUGAGCAGCACCACAGACUCAUGUGGCUGAGGCUCCCUGUGCCUGCUCCUGCUGGUGUGGCCAGUAGCACCCACAGAGCUUCCGCUCUCUGAGCCGGUUCCCAGCCACAGAAUGGGGAAUCGCAGACACCCAAGGGUGCUUGUCUUCAGUGUUGAAUAACAUGAAGGAUGGGAGGCACCCCGCCUGCCACCCCCACACGAAGCUGCCCUGGCAGGCGAGUGCCCAGCUAGAGGGGAGUCACGCCCCCAGCCCAGUUCCUGGAUGCAGAUCAGCUAAUGUCAUUACUGGUCGCCAUUUCUCCACCCCCAUGACCCCAGGCAGGAGCACUCCCUCAGCCACCUUUUCUGUAUGAUUCUGCGAACACUGAGGAGUCGCCUCAUCUGGACUCUAGUGCGCCUCGCCCCCAGGUUUGGUGAGGGGUAUCCACUAGAAAGUGCUUGCACUGAAUGAUGGGUGGGUUAGGAAAGACGCAGAAAACCCUAUGUGUCCUGGCCCCGCUGCUGAACGCUGGCAGGUUCCCCUCCCCUCUGUAUGCCCAUCUAAACAGUGGGGGCACGUGGCCCAUCGGGAAGAGCGAGGCACUGCCUGGCCCCAAAGCCUGGCACUGGUCUGAACCAAGAUCCUGGGUGUGGGACGGGCAGCCUGGACCUCUAACAAGCUGUCUCUACAGAGCAAGACAGGCUCCUUGCCUUUUCGAGCCCCUGGACGGGACGUCUGUCCCCUUCAGAAUGAAGGUCUUCUUGCCGGUGCUGCUGGCUGCCCUUCUGGGUGUGGAGCGAGCCCACUCCCUGAUGUGCUUCUCUUGCACGAAUCAGCAAAGCAAUUUCUACUGCCUGAAGCCGACCAUCUGCUCUGACUCGGACAACUACUGUGUGACCAUAUCUGCUGCCGCUGGCAUUGGGAAUGUUGUGGACUUCGGCCACACCCUGAACAAGGGCUGCUCCCCAGUCUGCCCCGGCCCAAGCGUCAAUCUCGGUGUGGCGUCCGUGGGCACCCACUGCUGCCAAAGCUUCCUCUGCAACUUCAGUGCAGCCGACGGUGGGCUGCGGGCCAGCGCCACCCUGCUGGGCCUUGGGCUGCUGUUCAGCCUGCUGCCGGCUCUGCUGCGGCUGGGCCCCUGACCAUUUGGACCCUGUGCCUCCCACACUCCCCCCAGCUCAGGAAGGAAAGCCCAGCCCCUCCCAGAUCCCUGGAGGUUAUCAGAGCCUCCUCACUGUGCCUGAUCCCACCCCCUUGGCCCUGGGUCCCCAAGGCCAGGCCCACCCCCUGCCCCUGUCCCAAGUGGGGCCAGCUGCCCUCAUUUCCCUGGUCAAUAAUGUGACCUUCCUUGGGGGACCAGUGAAAGGAUGAGAGUCCCCCUGGAGGCUUAGGUCCCGGGAUCAGGACUGGUCCCUUGGACACACUGGGAGGGCCACCUAAGCCUCAGGUGUCAUUGGCACUGGCAAAGCUGUGCCAGAUGGCGGGGGAGGGAGUCUUGUGUAUGGGGUGGUCUGUGGUCGUGGGUGCCAGCCAUGCUCAGCCAUGUGGGUGGGUGGGCCGCACUGUGUGUGUGGGAGUGUGAGGCCCUGUCUGAGCUGCAUUUGGGGGACUGUGGCGGGUCAGAGUCCCUGGUCCAGCACCAGCAGCCUGGAGAGCCCUGAACCCCCUCGGAGCCCUGUUCCCUGGCAUUUCUGCACCCAUGUUGUACUCACUGCAACGGGGGUCUUUGGGGGGCCUGGGGUUCUGCCGCCACCAGGUCCAGGCUCCCACCCCCAAAUCCAGCUGAGCCCCCGCCCCCUCCCCCAGCCCCACACUGGAGCCCUCCUGCUGCUUUGGUGCCUCAAAUAAACACAGACUUCCCCCCCUU